GUCUUCAUGAACUGGAUGCCAUCAAUGAUCAGGAGGUGAAGGACUUCCGCUGUAAGAUGUUUCGUAUCACAGAGGAGAAGAUGCAGCAAGCUCAGGUGAUGACGUGCACAGAGUGGUUACAGGCGUGCUGCUCCCCACAGCUGGAGCCCACAGCAGUGACCCUCGUCACAGACGGCGUCAACGACCGACCAGCUGAUCUGAAAGUCUUCAUCCACUUUGACCAAUCCCAGGACUCCACCAGUCUAAAGGUGCCCAUGUCCUGCACACCUUCCGAGCUGAUGGAAAUAGCGGUGAAGAAGUGGCUGACCACGCACGCCCCUGAGGACGAGGCCUACAGUCGCCAGUACGUACUGAGGGUCAGCCAGUGCCUGGAGUUCCUCUGUGGAGACCAUCCUUUGAUUCAGUACAAGUACAUCCGCAACUGCCUCCAAGCCAAGGAGUCUCCUCACCUCACCCUGGUCCACACCAGCACCGUGAAGAUUAUGUUUGACAAGGAGAUGUCUGCCAUCGGAGCCGUGGUCAGCAGAAAGUCCUCCAACCCUCCUCUACCUCUGCCUCCCAAGAGACGCCCCCCAACGCAAGUACAGACGAGUGUGUGGAAUGUGUCCAAACCCUUUAGGAUAGACCUCCUGAAAGGCAGCAAGGUGAAUGCAGAAGAGACCGCCAAGGUCCAGGUGAGGGCGGGGCUCUUCCACGGCACCGAGCUGCUCUGUAAGCCAGCGGUGAGCAGCGACAGCAGUGGACGAUCGGAGCACACCUGGAAAAACAACACUCUGAAGUUUGAGCUCUCCGUCAGCGACCUGCCGCGCAUGACCCGCCUCUGCUUCGCCAUCUACGCUGUCACAGAUAAAGUCAAGAAGCAGAAAUCCACCAAGAAUGCUCACAGCAGCAAGUAUCAGACCAUCCGCAAGGCAGGAAAGGUGCUCUACCCUAUAGCCUGGGUCAACACCAUGGUGUUUGACUACAGAGGACAGCUGAAGACCGGAGACGUCAUCCUGCACUGCUGGUCUUCCUUUCCUGAUGAACUUGAGGAGAUGCUGAACCCAAUAGGAACCAUUCAGACCAACCCUUACACUGAGAAUGCCACAGCGCUGCACAUCCACUUCCCUGAAUACUCUUCACACCCAGUUAUAUUUCCUCCGUUUGACAAGAUACUGGAAAAAGCGGCCCAGCUCGUCGGCGUGAUUGAACAACCCAUAGGUCGUGGAGGUAAGAAGUUCCACAUAGAGCUGAAGGAGAUCAUGGAGCGCGAUCCGCUUUCUCAGCUGUGUGAAAACGAAAAGGACUUGAUCUGGACGCUACGCUACGACUGUCGAGAAAAUUUCCCUCAGUCGCUCCCCAAGCUGCUGCUCUCCGUCAAGUGGAGCAAGCAUGAGGACAUGGCCCAGCUGCAGGCACUGCUUCAGAUUUGGCCCAAACUGAGUCCCAGAGAUGCUCUGGAGCUUCUGGAUUUCAACUAUCCUGACCAGUAUGUGAGAGAGUAUGCUGUGAGCUGUCUGCAUGAUAUGAGUGAUGAGGAGCUGUUGCAGUACCUGCUCCAGCUGGUGCAGGUGCUGCGCUAUGAGCCUUACUAUGACUGCCCCCUCACCCACUUCCUACUGGAACGUGCUCAAAGAAACCGCAAGAUUGGACACUUCCUUUUCUGGCACCUAAGGUCGGAGAUCCACAUGCCGGCGGUUUCUGUCCAGUUCGCCCUGAUCCUGGAGGCGUAUUGUCGAGGCAGCAUCCCUCAUAUUGAAGUUUUAAAGAAGCAGGUGGAAGCUCUGAGUAAACUGAAGUCGGUCAAUGAGCUGAUCAAACUGGGGACCAUUAAAAAUGCUCGCAGCAAAACCAAGGAGGCCAUGUUGACCAAAGAGGCCAUGAUGACGUGUUUACGGCAGAGCGGCUACUCGGAGGCUCUGUCAGACCUGACCUCCCCCCUCAACCCCAGCGUCCUGCUGUCUGACAUCAAUGUGGAGAAGUGUCGGUACAUGGAUUCAAAGAUGAAGCCACUCUGGAUUGUGUAUAACAACAAGCUGAUGAGUGGAGACGCUCUGGGCAUCAUCUUCAAGAACGGAGACGACUUGAGGCAAGACAUGCUGACUCUGCAGAUUCUGAGGUUAAUGGAUCUUCUGUGGAAGGAGUCCAGUUUGGACCUCAGAAUUGUUCCAUAUGGUUGCCUAGCAACAGGGGACCGGGCAGGACUGAUUGAGGUGGUGUCCUCAGCCGACACCAUUGCCAACAUCCAGCUGACCAGCAGCAAUGUGGCUGCAGCUGCUGCGUUCAACAAGGACGCGCUGCUGAACUGGCUCAAAGAGAGGAACUCUGGUGACGCUCUGGACCGAGCCAUUGAGGAGUUCACUCUAUCAUGUGCAGGUUACUGUGUAGCCACCUACGUCCUGGGCAUCGGCGACCGCCACAGCGACAACAUCAUGGUCCGCAGCACGGGACAGCUGUUUCACAUAGACUUUGGUCACAUCCUCGGAAACUUCAAGUCAAAGUUCGGCAUCAAGCGAGAGCGCGUUCCAUUUAUCCUCACUCACGACUUCAUCCACGUCAUUCAGGAGGGCAAGACGGGAAACACCGAGAAGUUCGGGAGCUUCCGUAAGUACUGUGAGGAGGCGUACCUGAUCCUGAGGAGGAACGGCAACCUCUUCAUCACGCUGUUCGCCCUCAUGCUAACUGCAGGACUACCAGAGCUCACCUCCGUCAAAGACAUCCAGUACCUGAAGGACUCUCUGGCCCUGGGGAAGAAUGAUGACGAGGCCCUGAAGCAGUUCCGCCAGAAAUUUGACGAAGCCCUAAGAGAGAGCUGGACGACCAAGGUGAACUGGAUGGCUCACAAUGUGGCCAAAGACAACCGCUCCUAGAGCUGCCGUGAGUCCUCAGAGACCUGGAGUCACCAUGAGGGAGGGGCCCACGUUCCGAGGAGACCCCAGCCCAAAGAAGGGAGUCCAGCUAAAACCAGACAUGCUUGCAGAUUCCCUCCUGCUGUGCCGAGUGGCGUCGCUGUGACAGCGUUCAGCUGCUUACAGCACCACCCUGGCACGGUGCCACAUGGACCUCACUCAGACACAUUUCCAUGGAACUGAUGUUUGCUCGUUUUGCACAGCAGCUGAUGGAGCAGUCGGCCAGAGGAAGGGAGCAGAACCCCCAUUAGAUGUGCUGAGUGGACCCAUCUGCUGAGAGGACGGAGAAGACCACAUCCCUGAGAUGGGUCAGGUGAUCACCGAGGAAAAGGCAGAAACAUUUGACCCCGCCACAGGAACUUGCUCCCACUGUCUCAAAUCUGCAGGAAGGUUGUCUCGUGGUUUAUCGUUUUGGUUUAGGGGUAUUCCUGAGACGCUGAUGCGCCAGACCACACGGAACACUGGUGAGGGAAUUGAUCAUUACGGACCCUCUGAGCCUUUCGGUCCGCUGUCUCUGAUCCGCAGACGGAGCGUUGAACACUGGAAUCUUUCUCAGAUGAAUUCAGACGUUUCUUUGCUUUAUUUAAAUUAGGGGUGGGCAAUUUAAACGAUAUAAGGUAGAAAUGAUAUAAAAUUGGGAAAUGAUAAGUUUUUGGCUCUAACACUAAGAUGUGCACCCGCACCGACAUUGGAACAACAGAAUGGCCGUGACUGCAAGCAUGUAGCGGGAGGAGGAGGAGCAUUCUACACGUCUUUAUUCUGCUGCUACAUAUUUUCCAUAUGAGGAUUUUUAAAGCAUGUCAUUUUGACAUUUAAACAAAGGAAAAAAUAUACUACGGUAUAUAUCGUAAUCACACAUGCUUCAGAUUAUAGCGCAAACAGAUUUGAGGCCGUAUCGCCCAGCCCUAAUUUAAAUGUUUUCACUUCACGCUGAGUUGAUGAGCUGUACUCUGACUCAGUGUUAAAGGGACACCGACGCCCUCUGGCUGCAGGGUUUUAAACUGCCACACAAUCAGACCAAAACACAAGAGAAAUACUCUGAAUAGAUGUUACUGUUUUAUGUUUUGCUCUGUUUCCAAGUUGAAUGUCCAAAUAUGGUGCACAUUUGUUUUUAUACAGGUGUAUGGGGGCGGAGUUUGUGACCUGCUUGGGGGGGCGGGGUUUUUCAGCAGGAAUGUUGUUCCAGGAACCUGUUUCAGCACUCUGCUCCGUCUGAGUGUCUCCAUCUCUGUUUCUGUGCAAUAUCAGAGCGUACGGCGAGGACAGUGAUGUCUGCUGGCUUUGUUUUCAGAAGUCUCACACUGGAUCCUGUACAGGCUUUUAUUGUUCUGCUUACGUUGUUUUCAUAGGACUUUUAUUAAAGUUAUUUUCCACAGUGCUGGA